AACGUUAGGCGAGGCAGGGAGAGCAGUGUGCUGAAGUUAUUUAGGCUAACUAACGCUAGCUAUUUUAGGGGUUCUGACCUAAACUACAUUCCCAGUUGACAUUAGUUUGAAAAGAUAAUUUAACUGAAAGGCGUGUGACCAGAAGUUUUUACAAUUCGUUUGACAGCAGUCCCGGCUUCUUUGGUGGUUUGGCUAACGUUAGCGGCGCAGAAAAGUAAUGCAUUCAGGACCUAUUUUAUACUGUGACGUUAUAUGAUCAGGACUAGGUAAAUGUAGCAUAUGUUUUAGCUCAUCCUAAAAAAAAUACUUUUGUCUUGAGAAACAACUGUCACAUCACGUGUAUGUUCUAGUUCGAUUUCAAAGUUUGACAGACGAGAGUUUAACCGAUGCGCUUUUAAUUUGAAGAGGUGAUGCUGUAGCGGAAGGGCGGAUGCUGCUAGCUGCUUGUAGCUCGACCAUAGACUGUACAGAGGGAGGACAUAGUGGAUUCCGUUGGGAAGAAGUAGAUCGGGCCAGGCGGUUCUCUGGGGAUCUUUCUCGGUUGUACUUGUAGGUUAGCGGUGUCACCUCUGGGAUGAGUCCACCAAGCCUCCACGUCUCUGUGGAUUUAAAUUAGCCUGGAAUAUGAGCAGAAGAAGAAGAUAAGCAGCGGCGGCGGCGGCUGGCUUCCUGCGGGGUUUUGCCCAGGCUUUUUGUUUGCCCGUGGACAUGCCUGGUCUCUGGAGCAAAGCUGAGCUAAGCUAGCUGGCUGACAGUCCGGCUAGCGCAACAUUUCCAGGCUUUUGGAUGAUUGUUUAGCUGAUUUAUUUCGGAGCAGCGCUACAUCCCCUGCCUGGGUAAGGAGUCAGCAUGGGGGAGCCCAGCCUGGACGACGCCAAUGUCAAGGUGGCUGUUCGUGUACGGCCGAUGAACAGGAGAGAAAAGGAAUUAAACACUAAAUGUAUCGUCGAGAUGGCGAAGAACCAAACGAUCCUCCAUCCUGGCGGAGCUAACCUGGGCAAAGCAGACUCCAGGAGUCAGUCCAAGGUCUUUGCCUAUGAUUACUGUUUCUGGUCCAUGGAUGAGACGGAUAAGGAGAGAUUUGCCGGCCAGGAGGUGGUUUUCCAGUGCCUUGGGGAAAGUCUUCUCCGCAACGCCUUCCAGGGCUACAAUGCCUGUAUCUUUGCCUAUGGACAAACUGGUUCGGGAAAGUCGUACACCAUGAUGGGUUCAGGGGACCAGCCAGGUCUGAUUCCCCGGCUGUGUAGUGCUUUGUUUGAUCGAACCCAGAAGGAACAGCGGGAGGAGGAGAGCUUCACUGUUGAGGUGUCCUACAUGGAGAUCUACAACGAGAAGGUCCGAGAUCUGCUCGACCCCAAAGGGGGAAGACAAACUCUGAGGGUGAGGGAACAUAAAGUUUUGGGUCCCUACGUGGAUGGCCUGUCUCGACUAGCUGUGGCUAGCUACAAGGACAUUGAGUCUCUGAUGUCAGAGGGAAAUAAGUCUCGGACUGUCGCUGCUACCAACAUGAAUGAGGAGAGCAGUCGAUCACACGCUGUCUUCAACAUCAUCCUCACACACACACUGAAAGACUUGCAGUCUGGGACGAGUGGGGAGAAGGUGAGUCGGUUGAGUCUGGUAGACUUGGCUGGGAGUGAGAGAGCGGCAAAGACUGGAGCAGCAGGGGAGCGACUCAAGGAGGGAAGCAACAUCAACAAGUCUCUCACUACACUGGGCCUGGUGAUCUCGGCGCUAGCUGAACAGGGAUCAACAAAGAACAAGAACAAGUUUGUUCCCUACAGAGACUCUGUGCUGACAUGGCUGCUGAAGGACUGUCUGGGUGGCAACAGUCGCACAGCGAUGGUUGCAACUGUGAGUCCAUCAGCAGACAAUUAUGAGGAGACUCUGUCAACGCUGCGCUAUGCGGACAGAGCAAAAAGCAUUGUUAACCAUGCCGUCGUUAACGAAGACCCCAAUGCUCGCAUCAUCAGGGAGCUCCGAGAGGAAGUAGAGAAACUACGAGUGCAACUGACUCAGGCAGAGUCUUUGAAGGCUCCAGAGCUAAAAGACCGUCUGGAAGAGUCAGAAAAGUUGAUCCAAGAGAUGACCAUCACCUGGGAGGAGAAGCUUCGAAAAACUGAGGAGAUUGCACAGGAGCGCCAGAAGCAGUUGGAGAGUCUGGGUAUUUCUCUCCAGUCUUCAGGGAUUAAAGUUGGAGAUGAUAAGAGUUUUCUUGUCAACCUCAACGCCGAUCCUGCCCUCAAUGAACUGCUGGUGUACUACCUGAAGGAACACACAAAGGUGGGCUCGGCAGACUCUCAGGACAUCCAGCUGUGCGGGAUGGGUAUCCAGGCAGAGCACUGUGUCAUCGACAUUAUGGCAGAUACUGCAGUCAUCCUCACCCCCUACCGCAAUGCUCGGACAUGUGUUAAUGGUUCUCCAGUGACCAGUGCUCUGCAGCUUCACCAUGGUGACCGAAUUUUCUGGGGAAACAACCACUUCUUCAGGAUCAACCUGCCUAAGCGGCGCUCUCGGGGGCCUGAGGAUGAAGAGGGUGAAGGUAGUGUGAUGAAGAAUAGUGGCAGCAGUGAGCAGCUGGAUGCAGAUGGUGACACAGCCAGCGAAGUGUCCAGUGAAGUCAGCUUCUCCUAUGAGUUCGCCCAGACAGAGGUCAUGAUGAAGGCCCUGGGCAAUAAUGACCCCAUGCAAGCAGUCCUGCAAUCUCUGGAGAGGCAGCACGAAGAGGAGAAGCGCUCUGCUCUGGAGCGACAGAGACAAAUGUACGAGCAGGAACUCCAGCAGCUCCGCAAGAAGCUGAACCCGGACCGGCUGUCCACCGGCCCAUCUGGAGGGCCAGCGUCUGGCCAGCAAGGUCCAGGACAGCAGUCCCACUACCGCAGCCUGGAGAGACUCAGUAUGGGAGGGAUAAGUCAUUCAACCAGUGCUCAGAGCAGACUGAGGCAGUGGAAUGAGGACAGGGAGGUAGUGUUGGUUAGGAGUCUGCGAAGGCUGAGGGAGCAGAUAGUGAGGGCAAACCUCCUGGUGCAAGAAGCCUGUUUCAUCUCUGAGGAGCUGGAGCGACACACAGAGUACAGAGUCACUCUGCAGAUUCCAUCGGACAACCUCAACGCAAACCGCAAGAGGGAUGCAGUGCUCAGUGAACCAGCAAUUCAGGUUCGACGUCGGUGUCGAGGGAAGCAGAUCUGGAGUCUAGAGAAGAUGGAGAACCGUCUGGUUGACAUGAGAGAGCUGUACCAAGAGUGGCAGGACUACAACCUCCAUCACCAUGACAACCCUAUGAUGCGCUCAUAUUUCCGUCGAGCAGACCCGUUCUUUGACGAGCAGGAAAACCACAGUCUGAUCGGCGUUGCAAAUGUCUUCCUUUCCUGUCUCUUCUACGAUGUCAAGCUGCAGUACGCUGUUCCCAUCAUCAAUCAGAAGGGGGAGGUGACAGGGCGUCUUCAUGUGGAGGUGGUGAGGGUUGGAGGGGGAUUAGAGGACAACAUGGCCGGAGGAGAUGAACCCGAUAACAACCAAGACACUGAAGUCCAGGAUCGCAAACUGGUCUGCAUGAUUAAGAUCCUGCAGGCCACUGGUCUUCCCCAGUACCUGUCCAACUUCGUCUUCUGUCAGUAUUCAUUCUGGGACCAGCCUGAGCCCGUCAUUGUGGCUCCUGAAGUAGACCCAUCGUCCUCGUCGCCCAGCACCAAGGACCCACACUGCAUGGUGGUGUUUGACAGCUGCAAGGAGGUGGCUGUGUCAGUAACAGAGGAUUUCAUUGAAUACCUGACUGAAGGGGCAGUUGUCAUCGAGGUAUAUGGACACAGACAGGCUGAUGCAGGAAGAAACCCCGCCCUCUGGGACCUCAGCAUUAUCCAGGCCAAAACACGCACACUACGAGACAGGUGGAGUGAGGUAACACGUCGCCUGGAGCUGUGGAUUCAAAUCCUGGAGAUAAAUGAGAAUGGAGACUUUGUCCCAGUGGAAGUGAUUCCUGCCAAAGAUGUGCGGACUGGGGGAAUCUUCCAGCUUCGGCAGGGUCAGUCAAGGCGAAUCCAGGUGGACGUGCGUUCAGUUCAAGACUCAGGCACCAUGCCUCUGAUAGCAGAAAUACUGCUUGCAGUGUCAGUGGGUUGUGUGGAGAUCAGAAACACCACAGCAAACCAGGAAGGAGAUGAGAUGGACAGUUAUCAGGAAAGAGACCUGGAGCGUUUGCGGCGGCAGUGGUUAGCUGCUCUCACCAAGAGACAGGAAUACCUUGAUCAGCACCUGCAGAGCCUGGUCAGCAAAGCAGAAAAGACAGAAGAUGACAUGGAGAGGGAGGCCCAGCUGCUGGAGUGGCGCUUGACUCUGACAGAGGAAAGAAAUGCUGUCAUGGUGCCCUCUGCUGGCAGCGGCAUUCCUGGAGCACCUGCUGAAUGGGUUCCUCUGCCCGGCAUGGAGACUCAUACUCCUGUCCUCUUCCUGAACCUCAAACCUGAUGACCUCAGCUCUCCAGACCAGUUUGAGGUUCCUGAGGCUGGAGGUUGGGAUGCCACCCUGAGUGGAGAGGAUGAGGACGACUUCUUUGACCUGCAGAUCGUCAAACACUACGAUGGAGAGGUGAAAGCAGAGGCAUCAUGGGACUCUACCGUCCAUGAGUGUCUCCAGCUCAGCCGUGGGGGGGCGUGGCCGGAGCAGCGGGUAUACCUGACAGUUCGAGUGGUGGUUCAGCUUAGCCACCCUGCCGACAUGCAGCUGGUCCUGAGAAAGAGGAUCUGCGUCAACGUUAACCAGGGCCGCCAGGGUUUUGCACACAACUUUCUUAGAAGGAUGUCAACCCGCAGCACCAUACCUGGCUGUGGGGUCACCUUUGAGGUGGUCUCCAACAUCCCCGGGGACGCGCCUGGUUCAGAGGACAGGGAGAUGCUGGCUAACCUCGCUGCCAGCGCACACAACGGCCAGUCAGCUGAUGACGAGGCUGCAAUUGAGAAAUACCUCCGCAGUGUCCUUAGUCUGGAGAACAUCCUGACUCUGGAUAGACUCAGACAGGAGGUGGCAGUGAAGGAGCAACUGACGGGCAGAGGGAAGAGCAACAGACGGAGCAUAAGUUCUCCUUCUGUCCACAGGCUGUCUGGAAGUAGACAAGACCUGUCUACAACCUGCCUGGACGAUAAGGGUCGAUGGGAGAGUCAGCAGGAUAUCUUCAUGCCUUCUCAGUUUCACCGCACGCUCCCCCGGCCAGCCUCUUCCCCCUCCACCUACUCCACCUCCCCUUCUUCAUCCCCUACUCCCUUCGGCAUAACAUCCCCACAGAACCAGGAACCAGAGCAAGGUCGUUCAGGACUUGCUGCCUCUUAUCUUUCAGUUAAGGCCCUGGUUCCUCAGAUGCCCAAACUGCUCAAGUCUCUGUUUCCAGCGCGAGACGAGAAGAAGGAGCUGAGACCUUCGCCACACAACCAGCAGCAGCAUGUCCCUCGCAUCGUGACAUCAGGAGGGGACGACAAUCGAGUCAAGGCGGAGACGACUGCUGUUCUCCGGCCCCCAACCAAAGACAGACGGGCAGAGUUCCCAGAAGUCCCUUCUCUUCCUGUGCAUGACCCGCAUGACAUCACCCCCCUCAGCCCCCUCAGCCAGUCAUCAAGUGGCUACUUCUCCAGUAGUGUUUCUACAGUUACCCUGUCUGACGUUCUCCAACCUUCCUCCUCGUCGUCCUCCCUCCUGGCCGCUGAGACUACGUUACCCACAAACCCCCAGCAGCAGGGUGCUGACAGGAACGAUGUUGUAACCUCUCCUUCUCAGUGUGUCACCAAGAUGGCCGUCGUCGCUCCACCCGCUUCCAAUCACAACAGCUUCACUGCAGAAAACUCCUUCUCUGAACACAAGCUGGUCAACUCAGGAAGAGGAGGCGGCGAUGGCUUUGAGAGGCUGGAGAUCUCUGUGGACGAUGAAGAGCGUAGCCAUGACGACGUACUGCCUGACUGGCUGACAGAAGGGGCAUGUGUUACAGUAGGAAGCAAUAAGGCCGGGGCAGUGCGCUACGUUGGAAUGACGCAGUUCGCUGAUGGAGUGUGGGUGGGGGUGGAGCUGGACACCCCUGUAGGCAAAAAUGACGGUUCCGUUGGAGGUCAUCGGUAUUUCCAAUGUAAACCGGGUUACGGGGUGCUGGUUCGCCCGGACCGGCUGUCCUGCCGUGAUCGGACCAGCCGGCGAACGGGAGACUUCACUGCUCCUGCCCAUGUCCCCGUCUUGCGAGGAGAAGCCAUUGUUGCCCGCCAUGGGGAGAAUCGCAAGUCCUGGAGCAGUUGAGACAGGGAAAGUAGGAGCUGGAUGGGAGAGAUGAACUCCCUACAGCCUUCCUCCUCCUCCUCUCUUCCUCUCCUCCCAGCUAUGCAACAGGCUCACACAUCAAAACUGAAAUACUGCCUACCCUCCCAUAGUUUGAAACUACACUCACUACGUCCAUUUACAAGUAAUGGAUGGAAGUAGAAUAAAGACAAUGAAGACACCCUUUAGAACGAAUGCAAGCAAGUUGAUGAAAGACUAUGCAGAGUAUAUAGAAGUCUGUAGAAGGACUAUUUAUCAUGUGGGAAGAUAACCCUAAAUGAAUGGCAGUCAGUAGGGAAGACUGCUGAGAGUGAAUGAAAGUCAGUGCAUUUGGAGUGCUGGAGCUCUGCGGGGGUGUGGAUUGGACGCUGCAGAUGGAUGAUUUGCUCUCUGAGCUGAUAUACAGGGAUGCAACCAGUCACGAUUUAGGCAGGAGUCACUUUUUUUGAUCCCAGUUCACAUCAGAGAAUAUAUUUUAAACUUGGGAGGCAUUUUAGAGUGCAGAAAAAACACUUCUAGAAUGAAAAGCCUUCAUCUUUUUCUGGUUGGAUGCUGGCUAUUAUUUGCAAUUUUUUAUUCUAUUCAUCAUUCAUAAUAAGUUAUUAUUAGUAGUUAUAGCUAUUAGAAAAUAUCAAAAUAUACACAUUUUUCGAGCUGAAAACAACGUCUCACUAUAGUAUGUGCUCUGCGUUCUUGGCGAAUGAGGAAACAAAACGGAUCCAAUUGAAUUUUUAGAAUUAUUGAAUUAUUUUUUUUUUAUUUGGGGUAAGAGGGACAUAGAGCUCGAUCCAUGCCGUACUGUGUGUUUGCAUCCCUGGAUAUGAUGUCUCUACCUGGUAGUCCUGAGACUCUAUGUCCCAGAAUCCCCUGCUCCGGCUGCCACUCCCCUGAACUCUCUUGUCUACAGACACUUUGACUCCUUGUUUGAGACUCGUCUCCUCCUCCUGGACUCCUUUUCUUUUGAAAAUAGAUCCUCCCAGAAUGUGCCUUCACCAUGGCUUGGUUUGGUUUGCAUUUGUUUUUCUGAAUAUUUAAUUUCUGUUCGCUGUGUUUGUUUUAAGAGAAUGCCUUGUGCUAAGUGUGAGGUGAUCUCAGGGACUGCAGAGGGGAAAGGACAAGGAGGGUGUGUGUGUGUGUGUGUGUGUGUGUGUGUGUGUGUGUGUGUGUGUGUGUGUGUGUGUGUGUGUGUGUGUGUGUGUGUGUGUGAGAGAGAGAGAGAGAGAGACCUGGCUUUGAUUUAGUUGUGUCUGCGAGUUCUUGCCAAGAUGGGAAAUGACCACCAGCUGCCACUUGACUUAUUCUACAGACUUCAGCUGAGAGCAGCAACCCUUCACCUCCCUGCUCUCGUGAUACAUUUAGAAUCCCAGGCUCUGACUGGUGUAAUUUCCCAUCCUGGUCUUAGCUCGGGGCACUGUAAUAGGGAUUUGAGAUCACUUCAGGCUUCUGGAUGUCCCUUUUUAUGUUAUUGUGCCUCAGAAACCAUAUGAUCAUCUGUCUUCCACAUACUGUUUUCAUAUUGACGCUUCAAUUCGUUUGCACAAAAGUCUCCAGAUGGGAAUCGGAAGAGUUCAUUUCUGGAACGCUUGUAUAUGUAGGAAGAAAAUACAACCUGAUCUUAUUUUAUGAUUCAGUGUUCUCAAGUUAGCUGUUGUACUGAUAUAGUUUAAAUUCUCUGCCUUCAAUUCAAUAUUCUUCAGCCAUAUUCAUCACCUUUCAAGUACAAAAUACGACUAUUGGUUAAAUUGGGAGCUAUUAUUUUACUUGACAGCAGAGCUAAGCUCAAACAUGGUGGUAAUAAGCGACUUGGUUCCAACAGAUACAUGUCUUUUCCCAGCACACAUCUUCCUCUAUAACUCUUCACUCAGUUUGCAGCAUCAUACAUGCAUUACAGAUGAAGUGUGACACUGACAUUAAACAGGAAAGGGCAGCUUGUGGGCUGCCUAAUGCACCAUAGCCAUUUCAAUAAGGAACUGUAAAAAUGGAAAACUAGCAUUAGUAAUAUUGUUUUGCUCCGAAUGGAUUUAAUGUGGUAACUUUGAGUGGUGUACAUCUCUGCCACUGUAGAGAUUAGAGCACAGCCAGCAGUGUUAUUUCUGGGUCUGUAUCAACCAUAAGAACCACAUUCAGUUCUAUUUUUAUUGAUGUGAUUUGUGUCCGAGCAUAUUCAUAUUGAUGUGUAUUAAUCUUCAGCCCCUCAGAAUGUUUCAUUUUUGUUGGUUUCUUUUCUUGUCUCAAGUGCUUCUGUUUUGCUCAGAUUUUGGUUCCAUAUCUUUUUCUGCGUUUCCUGUAGCUGUGUGGGCUAACCGGUCUGAAGCGACAAGUCCCCUGCCUUAACGUGGCCUUCAACCUGGAGCCAGACUGGUUUUUAGCAGAACCAAUCCCAGCUCUCUAACUAAACACAUCACUGUUGUGCUAUAAAAUGGAAGUGUCCUCUGCUAUUAUUUAACAGGACCAUUCCAAACCCAUUUGAAACCUUUCUGGUUUACUAUUUAAAAAAGACAGAGAAAUAUCACCCUUUUUUACUGGAGUAACUUUAUCUUCUGAGGUAGGUCAUUUGGUCACAGCUGCUGUCAGGUUUUUAAAGACAUCAAAGGGGUUUUGGAAUAUGAUUUUCACAGAUUGAACCUCCUGUAUUACUGCCUCACUGGAGGGAAAGUCAUUGUGUUACCCCCCUGGUGGCUGCUGUCACACCUCAGUCUAAAAAGGCCUGACUUCCACACAGGGAAUUUUAUAUACCACUAUUAAAUCAUCAGUGAAUUUACAACCCAGCAGUGCCCCACCUGGGAUCAUUACAGCACCACAUCUGAUCUGAUCCACUUCUGUUCAAAGAAAAAAGAAUUGAACCUGCAGAAAAGUAGUUUGCUUGAUUUUGUUGUGUUUGCCAGGUACUACAACAUAUUUUCCUGCCUUGGUAGUGAGUCUUCAUCUUUUUUACUACCUCUUUCUUGCCUGUCCAGUGUUCUGCCAACUUCUUCCCUGAGGCCUUUUUUCGCUGCCAAAGGCCCUGUUUUCACCUGGUAUUAAAACCCGAUCUGAGUGGACUGCUCUAUGUACAGGUAAAACCACCCUCAGGGCGCAUUGAGAUCCAAUAACUCAGACCACAUUCGGAGGUGGCUUAGCCCACAUUUGACCACAUUCUUAUAGCAGUGUGUACGUGUCAGUGUCCUGGUCCACAUUAAGGAACGCCUACUUAACUGAGUGGAAGUAUGUACUCAAAGUAUGUCUUGUGUCACAGAAAGCACUGAGACUGAGUUUUGGAUGUUAUCAUGCAUACUGUCGGUGAUGUGGCGCCGUUUUUGUUCCCGUGCUGCUUGCUCUUAUAUCCCCAGCUGUCUGGAGAUAUGUGGCAGCAGGGUUAGGGUUAGCAUAUAGCUAACCCUAUAUAGAGCGGGGAAGUGAGAUCCGAUCACAGGUGCUCACUCGGGACACAUUUGGAGACCCAUUCUGUUGCCAGGUGGGAACACACAUACUCAGAGCAGUCCACCUGUGAUUGGGUCUCUCAGAUUGGAUUUUAAUUAAUACCAGGUGAAAAUGGGGCCAAAGAGUUGUAACCUGUCUCACUGCUGAACUGGCUGCAACCAGUUCACUUUCUGUGUGUUCUGAAAUAUUAGAAUAAGCCUCACAAACAAGCAAUACCUGGCUGUCAGGUGAUGCAAUGCAGCCUUGUUGCAGUAUGUUUUUUGGCAAUGACAGAUGAUGUCAACAGUGGGGUUCCAGGAAAACUUCCAAACACAACUUCUCCUCUUGGUGCAUUUCAGAGGCAGUUGGUAUCAACGCAAUGUUGCAUUAAAAUUUCUUAGGUACCAGCAGCCAUAUUGACUGAGCUGUGUAAUAAUGGAAGGCUAAUAGGAGCUUAAGGAGAGGGCUUGGUGCUUGCUAAGUCAGGGAGUUUUAGUAGAACCAUGUUACUCCUGCAGAAAAGCCCCUCCAGUCCCUGUAAGCAUUGACACAUUCAGCUGAAGAAAAGUUAGAACAAUAGGACAUGAGUUUACUGUGGCCUCGGCCCGGUCAACAUUAUAACUAGAUCACCCUAACUAAUCAUUAUCAGUUGUUUGUUGCUACUGUUGAUUUUGUGGAACGGGUUUGCCUUGAUGUGUCAUGUGUACGUGUGAGUGCACCAUUGGAGUGGUUCUAUGUAUGUAUGUAUGUAUGUGUAUAUAUGCGCAUAUUAAGACUUAUAAAAAGACAAAUCUGAGCACAAGUUUGGGUUUUGAUUAAUUUAAUUGUUUUAUGCAAUUCUAUGCUGCAAUCCAAAGAAUAAACAUGUAUUAUAAUACAUUUAUAAUUUUCAUUUUUAUUAUCAUCUGAACAGUAAUCUGGUAAGAAAAAAUAAAAGGAAGAUUUAAA